AUCAAACAACAUGGCGCUAUUAAAUGUGAAGUCACUGCCAGAUUUUUUUUCUUAAGUUUUUUUAAUGUAGUUUUUAGGGUAGAAAAAUAAUGAAAGACUUAUUUUCGGCUGUUUUUUCAUUUCUUGUAGCUCUUAGCAUUGUUCUAGUUUUUGUUGGAAUAGGUUGGUACAUUUUAUGGGUAUUUGUCUUACGUCGCAUUAAGUUUAUAAGAGAUUUGUUGAGAAGUGCUCAAAGAGAACCAAUUGCUGAAGAGAAGACGAGCCGUAGUAAAAUUAGGAAGACUAGAAAAGACUGAUAAAAUUGUUCAUAAUGAAUAUUCGUUGUGCUCGACCUGAGGACCUUAUGAAUAUGCAACACUGUAAUUUAUUAUGCUUACCAGAAAAUUACCAAAUGAAAUAUUAUUUUUAUCAUGGUCUUAGUUGGCCUCAAUUAAGUUAUGUUGCUGAGGAUGAAAAUGGUAAAAUAGUGGGCUAUGUACUUGCAAAAAUGGAAGAGGAUCAGGAAGACUUGAAACAUGGACAUAUUACUUCUUUAGCUGUUAAGAGAUCUCAUCGUCGUUUAGGACUAGCACAAAAACUAAUGGAUCAAGCAUCCGAAGCUAUGGUAGAGUGUUUCGAUGCUAAAUAUGUAUCCUUGCAUGUAAGAAAAAGCAAUAGGGCUGCUUUAAAUCUAUAUAAGAAUGCUCUCAAAUUUGAAACUGUGGAGAUUGAACCUAAAUAUUAUGCUGACGGGGAGGAUGCAUACUCCAUGAGGAGAGAUUUGUCAGAAUUCUCUAAAAAGAAAGACAAAAAAGAGGAGGCACCUAAAAAUGAGGAGUAAUAUAACUUUUUUUUAAAUACAAUAAUAUAUUGACUUAAACCUUUUACAAUAAAAAUAUUAAUUUUUG